AAUAAAGAAAAGCUAAACUUGAAUCACAAAAAUAGGUAUAAUGUUUUAAUUUUACCGUUGGAAACUUGAGUAUGUAAAUGGGAUUUUAAGGUUUUAGACCGAGAGAAGAGGAAAGAAAGAAGUCAGAAAAACAAAAACAGAGAGGAGUGAGCAUGAAGAAGAGUAAACGAGAGAACUUGCUCUCUCCCUCAUCUUCAUGGCGGGAAAAUCAUAACCCUCCGGGGAGAAACUCAAACUCUUCCGCCGUAUCCUCCGGCUGUCUCCCCGGGUUCUUCAACCUCUUCCUCUCCACCUUCAACUUCUCUUCCAACCGCCGCAAAUCCAUAACCUUUGGAUCUAAAAAGCUAGAACAGAGAACCGUCGUCUACGCUUCUCCUCCGGAAGAUUCAUCAAACGGAGACGGCGGAAAAAUUGUCUCGCCGCCUCUUCCAAGCAACGAAGGAGAGGGAGAUGCAGCGAGGGUGAGUCUUGUCGGAGCGUUAGAGAAAUGCGAUCGGGACUUAGAGGAACUCCGGAAAACCAUUGACGUCAUCAAAACCACCUACCUUCUUCACAAGAAACUUGAAGUUUCACCGGCCACAGGGCGUGAUAGUUUCAAUUUCUCCGGCACCGUGGCAGGAGAUGCCGUCGUGGGGACUCAAUCGAAUAAGAACACGAAGACGACAACACACGAAACAGACACAGACACAACAAUGUUGUCGAUUAUGAUGAACCAUCACGAGUACUACAACAAAGACAACAAAAGUUACAAAGUCAACAGCAUCAAUCUAAUCACUAGACCCGAUCAUUACGCCACACAUGACGUCAUUUCCAAGAGAGCAACAGCGACAACAGAGACAUGUGUCACGGCGCCUGUUGUGGUGCGUAAGGUAAGGCGGAGCUUGAUGGACAGCGUGAACCAGGUUUGUGAUGACGUGGCAUCUGGUCAACGAAGAGAGGUCGCUAAGAUCGGUUUGGCUCUUCAUGAUCACAUCUGUCGGGACUUGAUCGCAGAGACCAUCCAGGAGCUCUCUUUCUCCGACUACUACGACAACAAGUGUCAGAAAUCAGCGGGGGAUUCUGGUGUUUGUUACGGCGGAGGAAGUGGACGGCGACACAUCCGACGUGGCAGUACCAACUCACUCCCGCUCGACGCGUGUCGAAGAAGAUUAGUGUUUUGAUGUGAUCGAUCUCUUAGGUUUCUUUGUAUGUCAUAUCCGCGACAGUUUUCGCCAUGACACGUGUUGUAGCUUAAUAAUUUAAGACAUACAUUUUUAGUUUUAAUAUGUCAUAAUUUUUCAAGUAUCUCUUUAGAUUUCACUAUUUGCAAUGGCAUAUAAUCAUGUA